CCGGCCGGGGGAGCCGGCGCUGCUGGAACAGGAGGAUACGGGAGCGGAGCGGAGCCGAGCGCAGGCAGUGCCGUGUCCCGGAGCCCUCGGGAGCCGCUGGGCUACGGCCCCGCUGCACCCCCAUGGAGAAAUACAAAGCUCUCGAGCAGCUGCUCACAGAGCUUGAAGAUUUUCUGAGGAUACUGGACAAGGAGAACUUGAGCAGCACUGCUGUUGUGAAGAAGAGCUUCCUGUCUGACCUUCUGCGAGUCUACACCAAGUCCAGUGGUGGCGAUGAGGAGUAUAUUUAUAUGAACAAAGUGACAGUCCAUAAACAGCAGGGUGACCAAGACGACCACGACAAAGUGCUGGAUCAGAGAAACUCCUUGACCAAUGGAGACUCAGGACUGCAUUUGUCACCUCCUCAGAAGAGCCUGCCAGACCUUCCCCCUCCCAAGAUUCCCGAAACAAAACAACCUCCAGUCCCCAAGAUCGAAUCCCCAGAGGGAUAUUAUGAAGAGGCUGAGCCAUAUGACAUCUCUGUAAAUGGUCUUUUUGGUAGGCUUGCUGCAGCUGGACCCAGGCCAGGGUUGCAGGUUACUGAGGGCGUUAUUUAUGCCACAAUAACAAUGGAAGAUGGUGAAGCCAUUAGUAGUUCCUAUGAAUCUUAUGAUGAAGAAGAGAGCAGCAAAGGCAAGUCAGCAACCCAUCAGUGGCCAUCCACAGAGGCCACCAUUGAGCUGAUGAAGGAUGCCCGCAUCUGUGCCUUCCUGUGGAGAAAGAAGUGGCUGGGACAGUGGGCAAAACAGCUGUGUGUUAUCAAGGAGACCAGGUUGCUGUGCUACAAGAGCUCCAAAGACCACAGCCCUCAGCUGGAUGUGAAUUUGCUGGGCUGCACUGUCAUUCACAAGGAAAAGCAAGUGAAGAAGAAAGAGCACAAGCUGAAGAUCAUUCCCACGAAUGCUGACGUCAUUGUGCUGGGGCUGCAGAGUAAAGACCAGGCAGAGCAGUGGCUCAGGGUAAUCCAGGAGACCAGUGGUCUGCUGUGCGAAGGAGGCAGUGAAGGCAACCAGUACAUCCCAGAUUCACAGCGCCUCAGCUACCCAAAGGUGGAGGUAUCUGAGAGAUACUCUGCAGCCUCUGAGAGCGGGAGCAGCACGGAUGGCCACCCAGAGACAGCUGAGACAAAAGAUGUUAAGAAGAAGGGCACAACUGGCCUGAAACUGAGCAACCUGAUGAACCUCGGGAGGAAAAAGUCCAGCUCCAUGGAUAGCCCAGAGAGAUCCUUGGAGACUUCAAGUUACCUGAAUGUGCUAGUGAACAGCCAGUGGAAGUCACGUUGGUGUCAGAUAAAAGAUGGUCACCUCCAUUUCUACCAGGACAAGAACCGAAGCAAACUGGCUCAGCAGCCCUUAAGUCUGGCAGGUUGUGAAAUUAUCCCAGAGCCAAGCCCUGAUCAUCUCUACUCCUUCCGCAUCCUGCAGAAUGGGGAAGAACGGGUCAUUUUGGAGGCAAAGUCCUCCGAGGAAAUGGGCCACUGGCUGGGCCUUCUCUUGUCGGAAUCAGGUUCGAAAACAGACCCAGAGGAAUUUACCUACGAUUAUGUGGAUGCUGACAGAGUUUCCUGCAUAGUGAGCGCUGCGAAGAAUUCCUUCUUCCUCAUGCAGAGGAAGUACUCUGAACCCAACGCCUACAUCGACAACCUGCCCAAGGGCCGGGUGCAGCAGGAGGAGCUGUACGAUGAUGUGGAUCUGCCCGACCUGCCUGUGGAAGAAGUACCCAAGAAUGAGAGCAAAUCAGAAGGGGACCAAGACAGAGUGUAUCUGGAUCUCACCCCAGUAAAGUCCUUCCUCCACUGUGCUGGCAGGAUGUCAUGCCAACCUUCUCCCCUUAGCUCACCAUCUUUGGAAAGGGCUGCCAACAAGGCUGCUGCUGAGACCACAGCUGAGACAGCCCUCCUGACUAAGGAAGCCGAGCCCUGUACCAAGGCGAUGGAGCCCUUGGAGCAGAAACACCCAGAGAAGCCAGAGCCUGAGGAGGCAGUGCCACGAGUGCCUGCUGUCAAAAUCCAGCCCCAGCAGCAGAGCAUCGCCUUCCCCCAGCCGGCCCCCGAGGUGCCACCAGGCCCAGUGCCAGUGGGCAGCCCCCAGCUGGUGCCUGCACACCGGCCCAAGAUGCCACUGCCAGCAGCAGCAGUGGAAACCAAGCUGGGCAAGAACAGGACGGAGGCAGAGGUGAAGCGGUUCACAGAGGAGAAGGAACGACUGGAGAAGGAGAAGGAUGAAAUCCGGGCUCAGCUUACCCAGCUACGCAAGGAGAGACGGGAGCUGAAGGAAAUGCUCGGGAGCAGCACAGACAAGAGCCUGGAGCAGAGACUGAAGGAGAUAGAUGAAGAAUGCAAAAGGAAAGAGAGCCAGAGGGUGGACCUGGAGCUGAGCCUGGUGGAGGUGAAGGAGAACCUGAAGAAGGCAGAGUCUGGCCCAGUAACGCUGGGCACCGCAGUGGACACUACACACCUGGAGAAUGCAGCCCCACGGGUAAAAAGUGCCAGCCCAGCAAAUAGCGCAGAGAACUCACCCGUCAACUCAGCAACGGCUUUAAAAAACCGGCCUUUAUCUGUCAUGGUCACGGGGAAGGGAACAGUCCUACAGAAAGCUAAGGAAUGGGAGAAAAAGGGAGCUAGUUAGAAGCAUGUUUUUCAGAGAUGGACUAAAGACUCGAAUUGCCCGUGCAUGGCCCAGAGGAUUCAACCAUCUGUAGGUGGAGGUUGGGUGUGCAACACAACCACACACCAGGCACCUCCUCCACGUCGCGCCAACUCCUCAGACGCAGCAAUGGACUCAACAGCUGCCAAAAUGAGUUAUCCCAAAUGAUCUUGCUCUUUUCCAGACAAAUCCCAAUCACGUAGCUAAAACAAUAACAACCAGUGGCAAUCCUUCCAUCAAAGUCCUAACCCAGCUGAUGUAAACAAGAAUGUUACUGUACAUAGGGGUGUUUUGUGUAUUUCUACUCUGAAGGUUUAUCAAUGAGUUAUUAAGGUUUCUAUAUUACUGACUGUAGUGGGUUCAGAAGGGGCCUCUGCUAUUCUUUAUACCCUGGUGGGUUUCAACCUAUCCCGGUAAAUUGCAGUGAACUAAAGUCUCACCUGCCUUGCUGCCAGUCAUCAUUCAGCUGCACUUCAUCCAGCCUUCAGUCAAGGAUGAUUCCCACACCUGAGCAAUGCUUGAAACACGAAUGAGAAGCACACAGAAGCCUGUCCAGGGCCUUUUAAUCAGUGUCCUGGUGCAUUCCAGCAUUUGCUUACUCCUACCAGCUGCAGAUUUGACAGAGUAUUGAGCUGGUCACCUUCUCAUGCUGUAAGUUGUGUUACAGACUGGCAGCACCAAGAGCUCUGGGCAAAGAAGGUCUGUGAAGCAGAUUCGGUUAAUUUUCUUGAAGAUCUUGGUCUCCAUCACCUGAGGAGUUUGGUCUGGGAAAAAAAAAAAAAAAGAGAAA